CCGCUUUGCUCUUUUCCCCGUCCCCGUCCUCUUCUGCGCUGUGCUUUCUUUUUUCUGGGAACUUGAUUGCGUGCAACUGCAAGUGCAAUGCAUUCAGCCAAACAAAUCGAGAGAGAUUAAUGAAGAGGGCGGGGACCCAGAUAGCGAAGGCCCAUUGGACGCUUCAGUAAUCUUCUCCUCCCAGUCCCAUGCAUGGCGUCGAUAGCAGGAGGGUCCACCUAACCCAACCUCUCUCUCUCUCUCUCUCUCUCUCUCUCUUCUCCCGUUGUGUUGCGGGAGAUGACAGGAUGACGAUGUGUAUGGGGAAGAGCUCCAGAUGGGCAGUCAUGGAGAGCCAACGUCCACGUGGGUGUCCAUCGCCAUCAACCCUCCUCUCCUCCUUAGCGCUGGAUCGAGGAGGAGGAGAUGGACGCCGCAGCAUCCCCGCCGCCUCCGGCACUUGGACAUGCCCACAUGCAUCGGUCAAGUCAUUCGGUCCCACGCCAUUGGACACCCUUCUGUCAUGCCCUUGUCCUUGCCCCUCACUCUCUCAGCUUCCAUCUCUUUCCGCAUCACCAUUCGUCAGCACCAAGCGAAACGCUCCAGGCCUUGUCGUGGCCUUAAAUAUACGGCCGCCCGCCUCAUCUCCCUCGAUAUUUGUCAAGGUAAUCAACGCUUCAUUUUCCCUUGCCCUUCUCUUCCUUCGGCAGAUUCAUCGACUAGGCACCACGGCAUUGGGCACAAGGGGCGGUGCGACGUUCGCCCUAUAAUUAACGAGGUCGAAGGUGGAAAGGGGCUUCCGUUCCCUCACCUUCGACAAGAACAAGAACAAGAACAGCGGCAGUCUCCCCCCCUUUCGCCUCUCUCCCACCUCUUCCACAUACAGCAAAUGCAGACCGAGUUGCUUGACUCCGCGUUAGCUAUGGCAGGUCAGUCGCUUCACUGCCACCAUCCCAUCGACGCUCUUCCGCCAAACUUUGCCAUGGACAUGUUGGCCUUGGACAGGCAGGUAGCCGGCUUACGAUGGCAGCAGCACAACCCCACCACCGUCGCCAGUCAUGCUGCUCUCGACCACAACAACCAUUUCUCCCUUCCAGCCGGAAUGUUUUUGGGAACAGGCGAGCCGGCCCAGGAAUCGACGGAAGUGCUGAUGAGAGAUCAGCAAACGCCCAUCACGACGACGACGACGACGACCGCCACCACCACCGAUGUCGACGGGCCGAGGAUGGGUUGCGGGUGGCAGGAGAUGACGCAGCAUCAGAUGACGAGUCAUCAUGUGCAGCCGACUUCGUUCCCCACCGGGUCUUUCGCCACAGUCACUGAAUCGAAACCGUUUUCGACGCUGGCUCGCACGACGAGCUGUCCUCCGGCAAUGGGAAGCGUCCUCUCUUCCGCCGCACGGAUGGGCUUGAGAUCCUGCAAAAUCCCUUUCUCUCCGCUCUCUGGAGACGGCUCAAGAAAGCGGAAAACUGUGAGGAACGAGGUGCUAGCAGCUCUCGCAACACCCAAUGUGGAAGGGUCGAAAACGAUCAAGGGAGAAAUAUUAGAGGCGGAUGAGCUCGGUCCUGAUACUGCUGAUAAAGGAGGGGAGAACUCGGGUUAUGGAGGCAAAGAAAAUCCCAAAGGCGCUGCACCGUCUAUUCCAAAGCCUGAUUAUAUCCACGUGAGAGCUAGGCGAGGACAGGCCACUGACAGUCACAGCCUUGCCGAAAGAGUUAGAAGGGAAAAGAUCAGCGAGAGAAUGAAGCUUUUGCAGGAUCUAGUCCCAGGUUGCAACAAGAUCACUGGCAAGGCAGGGAUGCUGGACGAAAUCAUUAACUAUGUGCAGUCACUUCAAAGGCAAGUUGAGUUCCUUUCGAUGAAACUCGCUGCUGUGAGUCCAAAAUCAGAAGGAACCGGCGACAGUUACUUGGGAAAGGAGGCGUUUCCACUUUGCCACUCGAACUUCCCGGGCGUGGGUAUCCCGCCGGAAGUUACUCCAUCAUCCUAUGUCCAUCUCCACAUGAUGCAGUCAGCAACGGGGGCAUCCAUACAACAGCAGCAGGGUGGGUGCGGCGGCGGCGGCGGCGGAGGGCGGAUAGAUGUACCCGUCAACAAUAACCCUUCUGGGAUGACGACGUUACGGAGGACGACUAGCGCUCCCGUUGCGGUCACGGACGACUUCAUAGAUUCCUGCUUCCGUGAUUGCAGCUUGCCGUCUACCUCGGCAUGGGAUUUUGAUUUACAAGGCCUAUACACCAUGGACCUCCACCACCAACCAGGACAACAACAACCUGCUUUCUCUCCUCAAACAUCGUUUGCAACCGCAGCGCACUCAGAGAUGCACAAUCUGAAGAUGGAAAUGAUGUGAAUAAUCAUCGGGGGAACACCUGGGGUCCAAGAUCGACGUCCCCACAGUCUCUCCGGCCCUCCACAAACACUCUUCUACAGUGUUCCCUAUUUUACAACUAUGUAUUAUGUAGGCGUUGUAUAGUACGACCUUUCCUCCAUUGUAGCAACUUAACACGCACCUUUCAUUCAGAGAGAGAGAGAGAGAGAGAGAGAGAGUUAUGUGUGCAAUUUUUACUGUACAUUGUAAAAGCUUGAAGAAAUCGAUCAAGAAAAAAUGUUGAA